UCCAAUGACCACACUAGCUACUAUAAUUUAUGCUGUCUUCUUUGUUUAUUUUGACAUUUUCUUUGACCCUAUGCACACAAAGAAGUUUCAGCAACUCCUAGUAAUUAUUGUAGGCAUUAAUUGCUUCGUAGAAAGGAACGUUCUCAUCUAUAUUCGUCUUCUGAUGAUUCUUCGACAGUAAAUAAAUAGAAAUGAAAAUUAAAUUCUUUACAUGCUCACAUAGGGUGUUAAACAAAAGUGUUUUAAGACUUCAGGGACUUAUAAGACAAGGUAUGCAACUGAAUAAAAAUCUAUAACUUGCCUUCGAGAAAAAUAUACAAACAGAAUUUUUCCUUCGUAAUGUUUAUACGUUUCCGUGAAUUUAAUCGUGGUAUUUAAAAUAUCCAGCUUAUUGUCUUAUGAGUUGUGAGAUUCAAUUGUUGUACUGUGAAGAAAUGUCAACGUAUGUCGACUCCAGGAAUGAUGAAUGGAGCAAAAUGUAUUUUUCUAUUGUAAGCAUCUGUUUCAUACGACAGUGGAAAUUGUGUAAUUUCGUUACGUAUAUUAUUAAAUAAAUUACACGUGGUACAGCGCUUGUGUCAUACUUUCUCAGCGUGCGAAAUCGCGAUUUACCACACGCAUUCGGGGUAACACUGUUACGUUAAUUCAGAGCGACAAGACUGUGUGGCUGGAAAUAAUCGAUGAUAGGUCGAAAAUUUCACAGAUGAAGUCAGUGAGCAAUGAAAAAUCAUAUGAAUAAUAAAUAAUUUUCUUGGCUUUAAGAGAGGAUUCCUAUUAAAUAUUAUUUACGUAAUUAUUGAAAUUUUUGGACGUAAGGUUUGAGGAAUAUAAAAUUUUAUAGAAACAUUUAUUGAUUUCUAAGUAUAUUUUAAACGAUCCAAACUAUGUCACAUUACUCAAGGAAAAGUGUUUUUACUAUUUAACACGAUUUGUAUCCUCGCACAGAUAGGACACGGAUAAAAUACAUCAGAAUGAAAAAUAUUAAAAUAUUAUAGCAACAUUUUGAAAAAUAAUUUCAGUUUCAUCUCAAUUUUAUUGACUUUCCACAGUAUUAAGAAAAUAGAAACUUUAAAUGGACCCACUAACUCACUUUCGGUUGUAACUAUGAACAGAUAUCUACUUUGCAUGCGUACCAGAUAUCUUGUCGAUAGUCCCAAGAAACAUGAUUUCGGAGAAACCGAGUUGAAACCUGUCGGACGGUGCGCUUAAGCAACCUGAUACGCUCUCAUAAAUAUUCUAUAAUUUCGUUAGCCUUUCGAAUUUAAAAUGUAACAUUCAUGAAUGCAUUUUUUGAUACUUGAACAGCUCAAGAAUGUAAAAAAAUUAUUCCAUUCUGUCGAUCCUGCACCAUAAUUAUUAGAACCUCGAAAAAGGCUUUAAACAAAGUAAUACUUUUGAUACGGUAGCAAUGUUACUAUGUUUCAUCCAGUGUCCUAAAUGUUGCAAUGUUAAUAUAUUCGACAGAAUGGGGCAUCGAAAGUGCACAGUUGGAUUCUUUGACGCGCGAUGGAUGAAAUAUCAUCGCGUCAUAUUUCCGUGUCGACUAUGCGCGGGAUUUUCACUGAAUAAUUUCUUUCUCCUCGCGAUACAGUUUCGCGUUACCUUUCGUUACGGUCCACAUACACGAAAUUCUCUCGCGAGUAGGCGUCGUACAAAAGGUACAAAAAGCGUGGGCAUCAAUUAAGUCAUUCACGCGACGAACUUUCUUGCGAUCGCUUCGCCCCGCUCACGGUCAAGGAUAUUAACGCGUUCGAAAGUCAUUCACUCCUUAAACGCGCGAUUUUCAAAGCGUAUUUUAACCGAAGAGGGGAAAAAAGGCGAUCGCCGACAGGAGAAAGUGUUUGCGUUGAAAGUCCGGGCUCGCCCUGCGCGGUUCUCUUCUAUUUCUAUUUUCUGUUCCUUCCGAUGCGCAUUUACAUAAACAUGAAAAACGUUUCACGAUUCACGAUCGAUCGUUCGAUCGUCCGGUAUCGAUCGGUAGCCGACUCUCUGACGGAAGAACCGACUUUCGGACGAAUAAUUUCUUCUAUCGUGAUCGAGAAAUUUAUAAUCAUUUUAUGACUUAAUCAAUACUUUUUCUCUAGAUAAAAAUCGACUGAUAAAUUAAUGAGGAUUUUUAUCUGAAUUAUCCUGGUCCUGGAGACUGUUUCAAACAGGAUCUGCUGGACUAGAUUCGCUGUAAGGUCCAAUUAACAUUCUGGAACGAAACGUUGCAAUGUUUCUUUUGGUACAAAAAUAGUAUUAUUAUGAAAUUUACACGAUUCUUGGUUCUUCUAAUACACGAACUGCUCGAUUUCUGAUGUCAAAUGCAGCAGUGUUUCUCACACGUUUGUCGAUGUUAAACAAUAUAGCAAUGGCUACAUUUCCUAGAUAAAUAGACUCUUUUUACAACCUGUAUGGUUAUAAACGAUCACUUUCUAACACUCUCCCAUGGACUGCGUUUCGAAAUCAGAACACGAAUAAUCUCCAGUCGAAUGUUACUGCUCAUUAUGCGAAUGAAUAUAAAUUAAUUAAUAAUGCCUACAUAAUGUUAUGCAAAAAGGUAUAAACGGUUGGACGAGUUGGCGACCAUAAAUAUAGAAACGUAUCUCGAGAAAGUGUUUAUGUCGUUAUUGACACACCGGACGAUCAUUCGUAUUUCACACGCAAUACUUACAUGGCGGACAACAUGUUCUGAUUAGGAAUAGUUUCCGUGAAAAUCUUUACAGUAUAUGCCAAGGAUUAUGUACAUAAAACGACAAGUGUAAAUAAAUUUAUAUAUAUUUAUAAGACAAAGUUAGGUACAGAAAUAUUACAAAUGUUACAUCUAAAAAAGAAAACAUAUGGGUCUAUUAAAGGAAAGUGUUAUCGUAGUUUGAAAAUGCAUCGUUGCACUCGACAACGAUCCAAGGUCCAAAAUUUAUUUUAUCUCCAGCAAAAUGAAAGACACGGCUCGUUGAAGUUGCAUGAUACACCCUGAAACAAGUACAAUGGUUUUAAUAACACGGCUCUGACCAGAAAUUCAGAAAUCUUUGGUGCAUGAUAAUAGAAGCUGUUCGUGUUUCGCGAUCAUUUACAACUACAAUGUACAUGAAAGUUAGAAAAUCCCUGUCCAACGCUGGAAAAAAUAUUUUAUAAUAACUGCAGAUACGAAGUACGGUUCUAGGAGAGAGCGUGCGGUUUGGAACCAUUCGCAGAGAAAUCCAACGUGAACAACGCCACGUUAUUAGACACAUUCUUCGACGCCAUUAAUUGUGGCGAAUUUGUGGGCCGUCCCCUGUCUCGAUCGACAAAACAUGAUCCUGAACACUUGUAGCUGUGAUUUGUUUCUAAUCUGUCGUAUCAGGCGAUCGUUAGUAACGCAAUGAAAAUACAAUAAUUCCUUAAAAGAGUCAAACCUUAAAUUUAUUGAACAAAUAACCCUUCGAAAGUCCUUUACCUUUAUUCGUUGCUCGAAAUUUUUAUAUAAAUAAGAUCUUUUACCAUUUCUAAAUUCGAGAAAUCAGCGCCCAAUUUUCUUUACGUCUCUAAAAUUCAAACAUAGAUACUGAUGAAUAGUUCUGUUUACAAUUAUUGGAUUACAAUAGUGCUUCAAGAAUUUUGUUUAAUUUUGAUGUUACGUGUUUCUUUGUGAACCAGUAACGUGAAAUAUAUAAAAGAUAAAUGGAAGUUAUUUAGUGUGUGAUCAAAUUUAAACAAAAUUAAAGAAUUCACUAUGAUAAAGAUUACAACCCAAGUUUUUACUGGAACUUAUUAAAUCCAUAAAUCAUUUCGUAAAACGACGAAUCGAAAUUGGCGACUGUCGGAUAGAAACUGCAGGGCGUUGAUGAUUUCAACGAUCAAUAUUGCAUAUCAGAAGUAACUUUCUCGCGUGCUCUGCUUAGGUAACGAGCUUUUCGCUUUCGAAAGUCGCGUAUAGCGGACAAUCCGUGCGUCACGUUAUGGCAUCGCUAAUGGCCAAUGUAACAAAUAAUUUCACUCGAAUCCGUAUCGCUCGAAGUCGACAAAAGCUUUUCCUUGAAGUCAUUGUGCAUCGCCUAUAACCAAGAAGAAAAGCAUUUCGAAAGACAAACGAACAUAGACUGCCUGAGAAUAGUGAAACUAGACUAUAUAGAAUCCUACUAAUACUCAUAGAAUUUACAUCGAUUAUCACAAGAAUUUUUACUGGUACACUAUUUUACUCUCAUCCUGAUUCGAGAUUUGAACAGUAAAAACGUUAUUAUUUUAUUUUAUUUAAUAAUUUUGCGGAAGAGGUUGUGCACCACUGGUUUAGAUAAAUCGAACGCCUAUCUCCGAGCACGCGGAAUCGAAUUCACAGAUCGACGAAGUCCGAGUGUUCGAGCGGAAAUUCCGCCGGUAGAAUGUUCACUGUCACGGUCCCGCGAUCCACGAGGAAAAGGAUAACUCGUUGGUCGUUUUUGUUUUCGCUCGGCCUCGCGUUGGAAUGCGCGUACAAUUCGGUCGCCGUGUACGUUUUACGAGGGAAGGAGAUCGGUUUCCCUUUCUCCUAUCGUCUAGCAAAAAUGCACGCGAUCCUAGAACGCCGCGGACGUAUCGGUUUACCGUUCAACGAUUUCUAUGGAUCCUCUUCUGGCGCUUCCAGGACGAUUCACCGGAUCGGUUUCGUGAAAGGGAAUAUUUCAGAGAGCUCGGUGAAAUGGCACCGCGAACAAGAAACUAACAAUUCGAAUAUCACCGCGCGAUCGUAAGCUUGUAUCGAUCAAAGUUGCGUCUAUGUUUCGAGACUCUCGAAAUUGUUCUUUCUAAAGUUUUAAAUUUAAUACGUACAGAGACUUUGCUAGGAAUUAAAUAAAACUCACAAACAUAUGAACAUAAACUAUGAAAUUUGGAGAUAAUAUAGACUGAGUAUUGCAAUUUCGAAGCGAAGUACAUUGCAGAUUUAAUGCCUCGAGCGAUGCUACUCACCACGCAUUGAAAUCUCCGCCCAUUGAAAUCUCCACGCAUUGAAAUCUCCGCGCGGUCUCUAUUGCAAUGUUACGUUCGCGUUCUUAUUCCACGAAAACGGACCAAGCUUUCUUCUUAAAUUUUUCUCUGCAUAAUCUACAGUAUAUUUCCUCAUAACUCUGAAAAUUUCAGCCUUCUAUCUCAAAAAUUAAUACAGAUAAAAAUGUUUUCCCUGAAAAGAAAUCUUUUGGCGAAAACACUUAAAUAAUACUGAACUUUCAGUGUUAAAAAUCAAUUCCAAAGUCGUUUUCUCUUUCCCACGUAUUCGAGAAAUACAACUAACAAUAAUAAUUAAUAUUUUAUUUAGCAAAAGGAUACUGACAACGCGUGUAUACUUUAAAUAAUCAUAAUUCAAAAAACCUUUCCAUCCUUGGAUCCUCUUCGAUAAUUUUGUUAAUCUAGAAACUACAGUGUAAAGAAAAUUACUUACUAUUGAACAAAUAAAAAUUAGAAGAUUGAUUCAAACGAUUUUUAUGAAAUUAAUGUUCACCAGGCAUCGUAGAUUCUAUUCAACGAUCGAGAACGUUACUCACAGUCCAUUCUGUGCGAAGUCACCAGGCUGAAACGUGUAACGUUUACAAGCCACACGUUCCAUCUUAUAUGCCAGGCAAGGAGUCGUUGAACAUUAGGAAGGGAGCGGGUAAAAAAUAUUCAGACAACUUUCAUUAGAAUUCGUUCGACACAGGUGGGCGUCUGAAACGCAUUUAAAACUUUCUUAAGUACGUUUAUUUUAUUUCACCGGACAUCGUAUGUCCGCAAAAGCCGAUAAUCGUAGACAGUAUAGGCGAAAGAAUUCUCUCUUUCGCGUUAUGUAAAUCCCGCGAAAGCGGCCGGGGAAUGAUAGGACGCGUUUAAUUGCGAUGUAUACGGUCCUCUUAAUUAUGCAUUUUCGCCGUAACGUUUCGAACAAACAGCAAAUGCGAUUACUUGUGUCCAAUUGGGUGUUAUCUCGAUCUUAAGAAAGGCUUGAGAAAAUUUAUUCCGAUCUUCGCUUUCGACAGUUCGUUAAAGAAUAAUCGAGACACGGGCAGAUUUUUAAAACUGCAAUUAAUCCAGAUCGAUAUCUAAGCUCGUACACGACAUAAAUUUUGCUCGGAGAAUUCCGCGACGCGGUUAUCUCGCUCAUCGGCGAGUGAAACGGCAGCUGUAAUGAGUAGAAAUUAUUGCAAACAGCAAUUACAUUAUGAUAUCAGGCGGUUCGACGACCUGGCUCGCAUUCCUUAGCUCCAAUCGCGCCGAGUUCGAUUCGAAAAGCGUGAUUUUACUUUCGAGGAAACGGAUACAAGUCAAUAAAUUUCUUCAAUCAUUAAUAAAUCCAUUCAAAGUAAAAUAAACCAAGGAGUGUGUCUAGAUAUUUUGAAAUCCGAGCUUCGAUACUGAUAAAAUGAGACUACGAUCAAAGUUCAGUACUCUGAAUCAAUGCAGAUUAUAUCAAUACUCGAUAUCAAUUUUCAAAACGAGUAAUCAUGUCAGACGACUAAGGAGGAAGAGGAGAAGAUCGAAACCACAGAGUAACCGCUAACUUCUCCUUGAUCGAUAGAAAACCACGCAUAUUAGUAUCUUGUCUUCUAGAAAUGGCUAUUGCCACAAAUGAAACGUGUCACGGUUAAUUCUAAAGCAAUCAGAAUAAUUGAUUUUAUCAUUCGAGGCGAAUUUCGUACUAAAAAAGCAAUAUUAUAGCUAAGCAUGCUGAGCACAACACAAAACACACAACAACUGUGAAACAUCCAAAAGAGACAUCCAAAAAAGAGAACUGAACACAAAAAUCAUCGCAAAGAAUUCAAUGGAUCGUGCGUGAGCGUCUUUAAAAUAGUGCCACAAAGAGAAUAACAGCCUGAGGAUACGAAAUGUUCAGGAUCUAGACUCGAAUAGACGCGAAAGUCGUCGAACGCGAGAAAAGCGGAAUUCGCGUAACUCCGGAAGUCGAGAUGACACACGGACGUCCCCUGGUCGAGCGUCCAGCAGGUCUAGCUACGGGUAAAAAGUCCAGAAGGUGUCCCAGGUAUCGAUCUCCUCGUUCCCAGACGCGAGAGACGAGUGAAACGAUCCGCGGGUACCCACCUCGUAUUACGAGGCUGAUCUUGAUCUUGGCCGUUCACCUAGCCGUAGUCCAGCUUUCAUUAAAAAGACCAACAGCCGCGGGAAUUACAGCGUCGCGGCUCGGCAAAAAAGAGGAAACGAACAAAACGACGGAUCGAGGUGAAGGGUAGGCCACGUGGAGGGGCUGCUGGUCCUCCGCUUUUUACCACGUCUUCUCCAUUAGCCCGCUCCUUUCACGUGCGCUGGCAGCGGGUGCAAAAGAUUCCCUUUCAUUCUUAUCCGACUCCAAUCACGUACAUGUAUAAAAGCGGCGAGCGCGUGCACAGUGGACAGCAGAUCAAAACAGCGGCUGAAACCGCCAAGUAUAUCGCGAGGAGGAACCGGCAGCUGGUCCUCCGGCGUCCACACACAUCGUCUACACGAAAUCGAUUUUCGCGAACUAGCAGCGAGAGAAAAAGCAACACGAUGACCAAGCUCUCGGCCAUCUUUGCGGUAGUCUCGCUGAUCGGUGUGGCCUCUGCUGGAGGCGGUGGCCACGGUGGACACGACCACGUGGUGAUCCAUGUACCCUACAAGAUCAAGACGAUCCACCACACGCAUACGAUCACCAAGCACAUUCACCACGGAGGCGGGGGUGGCGACAAGUACGAAGUGCUUGGAUACACCGUGGGCCAUCCGAUAGAUCUCGGCCACGGCGGUGGUUUAGGAGGCGGCGGUGACUUUGGCGGCGGUGGUCACGAUUUCGGUGGCGGUGGCGGCGGCGGUGACUACGGCGGUGGUCACAUCGAGUACAGUGGCGGCGGUGGCGGUGGCGGUGGCGGUGGUCACAUCGAGUACAGUGGCGGUGGCGGUGGCGGUGGCUACGGUGGCGACAUAGGAGGGGGACACGGUGGAUUCAGCAGCGGUGGCGGCGGUGGAUACGGGGGAGGCAGCUUUAGCAGUGGCGGUGGAUACGGUGGAGGCGGUGGCUUCGAAAGUGGUGGCCAUGAAGGCUGGGGAGGUCAUUGAUGACUCGUCGCGUCGAUGUUGGGAGAAAUAGGGUAGUUCUCUUCGCGAAGACUCGGUUGGUCGAUUGAAGCACGCUCGAUGGAUAUUUUAAAACGAUUUUUUUUUUAUUUAUUUUCUACUCGAACGCUAACUGGUAAAAAUCUUUCGCUAUAGAAUUUUGAUGAACAGUGUUCGUAGAGUCGAUAGCUUUUCCUUCGAGAACGACGGUAGAAUAGAGACAGAAGUUUCUUGGACAAAAUUAGAUGAUCAAUAUUGCUAAAUUGUGGUAUCGAGUCGUCGAGCUUCAAGGAGCCAACCAGCACCCCCCUUGCACGACAUUUUUAGUUUCGUUUAAGAGAAAUUGUUUUAGAGAGAUAGAUAUUUCCUCACUUUGACUGGUGUUUCCCGGGGAGUGCUGCAAACAUACCUUAGACACAUCGACACUUAAUCACCCUGUCUCUUACCUCUCGUCCUAGUCUCUCAUUAAUCGUUUGUACUGAUACAUGUAAAUAUUGUUAUCCGUUUACUUGUUUAUAUUAUUGUUAUAAAUCACUAUAAUGUUGUCUCCAUUAUUUCCGUAUCGCGGCACGAGUAAUUUAUUAGUAUGUAUCCCGUGUCGCGAGGAAGUUGAAUAAAUUGCGUGCGUACCUGAAGUUUUCGAUUCCAUGCGAUGUUCUUUCAUUUAUCGAUUACAUUUUACUUCGACGUGACGGCACAUCACAUAAAAAAGAAACUUUCUUCAUUCAAUCAGUUCAGUUUAUUUGCACAAAUCAAUCUCU